AGCUGUUGUGUCUCUACUGUUGUUAAGGGAAGUCAAGAACAAAGAAAGCAAAAUAUAGGUUGAAAAGCUUAUCCAAUUGCUUGAGACAAGGGCGUAAAUGUAUUGCAAAAAUUGCUUUGCCUCUUCGGAGAAGAACAAUUCAAAAUCAGAAAAGAAAACCAUUUGACUUGACUGAAGAAGUGCAAGAAGCAGUAGAGUAAGAGAGACUUCCUAAGCCCCACAUUCCGCUAGAUAUAUGAAAGCAUGAAAGUUCCAUCGAGAAGAUGCUGUAGCUACUCCUUGCCCCAUGAAUAACUGCAUGGACAAAAGCCCAGCCUUAAAAUGAAUAUCAAUUUCCGACAACAGCCUGAGCUUCAACUGAGCUACAAAGGAACCGCCAGGCAAAGUUCAAAUGAGCCCUUUCAAAGAGGAGGAACUUAUUUUGUUUGUCGACACUCCCCACAUCCCAAAAAUGUAUGUCACAUUAAAGGAUUAAAUGAUGCGCCUGUCUGCUUUGUUCGGGACCGAGAGUACAAUGACGGACAUUUCAUCAUGCCAGGCCCAGCAUACGGCCCACCUUACAGGCAUCUUGGAACCGCAGCAGAUAAGAAUUUUUCCAAUAAUACUUUGCCAGCAUUGAUACCAGAGGUAGUCGGAACAACUCUUCCACAUCUUGCUAAAGAUGAACGUGCAGAGCUGGGAAAUCAAGCAAGAAACACUCCUCUCUUAAGGAAAAAGGAUGAACCUCUGACAAAAUACUUAGGAGACCGUCCACAAACUAGGACUUCUCAGGACCUCCAUCUUUUCCCUCUUCAGAGAGUGCAUCAUAAAGAAAAUUUCAGGGAAAAUAUGAAUUAUACCCCAAGCUAUCUGGAUCAAGAAAUAAAAGUCCUAGAAAAACUCUGUGACAUUUUACAGACAGAUACCAUUGGAGGGAUUCAAAGUUGGUUAUCCAAGGCAAGUGUGAAAGAGAAAGAGUUUGUAUCCAAUUUCAUACGCUCCGAUAUGACAAGCCGCGAUCUGUUGUAUUAUAGGCCAGCGGCCCGGAUUGAAAAUGACAUUCCAAACAUACAGGCUUUGCUGAGAGGGCAAAAAGGAACACCUAAUGAAGGUAGCCGUAUCAGGACUUCAAGCCAAGGAUCGCUAGCCAGUAAAGUAUCAAGACCAGAUUCAGAAAAAAGUAAUUUAUUUGCAAAGAGAGGGAAAAUUGAUGGAAAUGAGGAGGAUCUUCCCAACAGCUCCACCAAACACUUAAGUGGCCCUCAGUCUUCUUUCUCGACCCAAAACAGCACUCAUUUGUUAUACCGCAAGUCUCGCCUUAGAAAAAUUUAAUUCAGGAGGAAUUCUUCACACCUGUUCCUGUCCCGAGAGUCUUUGAAAACGAGCACGGUAUUUUCUUGGAAGGUAGCGUGUAGUGAACCUCUGACAGUGACCUCCUGAUCUAAGCCCAAAUCUUGAACAUUAAUACAGUGAACCAGUAAUGAAAAUGCUAAAUACAUUUUAUUCGUCUUUGUAA